CGUACAGCCAUGGGCCAUGGCAAUGAUGAGCGCUGUAUAACUACUUACUGCCUUUUGCCCGUCCAUCCCGCCCACCCACCAUGGAUUUCGCACAUUCCUCAUCUUCUAACGGCUCGUGGAACCGUCUAUGCAAUGUCGUAGAAUAUAGUGGCAUUUUCGAUUCUGAAUUUCGCCAGCCCCACUCGCGGUGCAUGGAAAACACACGCGUCGCCCUUCGGGAGAGCAUAGCACAAGUCCUUGACCAACGUGAUCGGACGAACAUCUGGCUCAACGGUCUCGCCGGUGUUGGAAAAACAUCUAUCGCGUUCACCAUAGCUGAGGAGAUGAAAGCAGCGAAGAGGCUUGCUGCCACUUUCUUCUUCUCGCACAAGCAUUCGCAAAAAGUUGCGGUCAUAAUUCCUACCAUUGCAUACCAGCUAGCACUAGCUUUUCCGCGCAUUCGAGAAGAUAUUGUGAAAGCGAUCGAUAACGACGACAGCCUCCUAUCACCUGGAAAAUCUCACGCAGAUCAGAUGCGAGAGCUCAUCAUAAAGCCACUCGAGAUAUUGAGAUUCCGUGAAGAGCCUUAUGCCAUCAUCAUCGAUGCUCUCGACGAAUGUUUCUCCUCCGAAGAGGCCGCAAGACUGGUCACGCUUUUGACAGACGCUCUUGCGGGCCCAGCCCUGCCAUUUAUCCAUAUAAUAUUCACAAGCCGCCCCGAGGCUCAUAUCCGCGCUGCCAUACCCUCCAGUGUCCACGAGAUUCUCCUUACCACUCGUGAUAAAGACAGCAUACAGGAUGUUCGUUUCUUUCUGCGAGCAUCACUGGACAAAACAAGGACAAUUCGUCCUGCUGUUUUCGGUGAGCCACCCUUCCCCUGGCCAACAGAGGGUGAAUUCGAGACAUUGGUCUAUAAGGCAGGCGGUCUGUUUGUUUACGCUGCCAUGGCCGUGAAUUUUAUAUCUGCCGCUGGUCAUCAUCCGCAGGAGAGACUAGAACUCUUACUACGCGAGAGGCCGACUGUUGGUGCUGACAUCGAUCAGCUUUAUCGGCAGAUCAUUGCAACUUCGGAAGAUCCACUUGCGCACUGCCGGAUGUUAGCGUCUAUCAUCCAUCUUGACAGACCGUUGCCACUUGCAGAACUCCAAGAACUCUUUUACACAGAUAGAAGGAGCUUGGCUAUGAUGCUUGAAGCAUUUUCACCCGUGAUCUUGAACGACGGGGUUGGGCAUGUCGACAUUUACCACGCUUCGCUCCGCGACUUUAUGGACGACCCUCUACGCUCGAAGCAAUAUCACGUAGAUGCUGCACACGCUAAUGAGCACCUUGCAUGCUGCUGCCUUGAUUUCAUUACACGCCAGGAUUUCAUUCGGACUCGUACCAUUUUAGUAUCGCCAUUGUCUUAUCCAUAUCCAUAUCAGACAUGGUGCAUCCAUCUUCAUUAUGCCUAUCCUAGCGGCAAACUUCGAAAUCUGCUGGCCCUGUUUACAAACACAACACUGCGAUAUUGGUUACAGACCUCAAGUCCUAAAGACCCCUACCUUGCACACACUGUCCUGAUUGCAAGAAACGCUUGUUUAUCCUUGAAUUGGAUCAGGGGUCCGUCGGACAUUGUGGUUGCGUGGCGUCUUCAUAAAGGUUGUAAAGAGUUUGCAAAGAAAGCUCAAGAAACCAACAUUAGACGGUACUACACGAAGUCCAACUACAUCAAGUCUCGCUUCUCGAACUACUGCUGGUAGCCAGUCCAGAUAAACUGAACUGUGGUCCUUGAAAACAAGAAGCAUACGACACGCUGGCAACGACGCCGGUACUAUGCUCAUGUUAAUGCACGUCCGUGGAAACACUCCCCAGUCCAAGCCACGAUGACACUUCAAGUUGUAAACAGAAUCGUCAUCAUCCGAUAUUGAUGUAGUGAGGAUCAUCCUUUAAGAAGAAUCCGAGGCUUCAAGCUUGAAGUUCGAAUCUUGAUGGUCUUCAGGAAGGGGUCAACUUUGACUUGGGUGUCCUACUACUAGGGACUCGGCGUUGAUGACUGCUGGCGCACUUCAGAGUGAACAUGGCAGAGGAAUUGCAUAUCGAGUGUGACCGGUUGACCUUCUUGUACUAUGUGUUGAACGAUGGAGA